CGGACUCGGGUUUGUGCUCUCAGUUUACGCGCCAUUUACGAGUGAGAUUUCUGUACGGGGAAGUAAAGGAGCGCAGAUUUACCCUCAUUUUACUCUCUUAACGCGUAAUAUAUGUGAAUCCGGCUCAUAUAUCGGAGUGAUAUCGACAAGUGCGAGGGAAAUCAGCCGAAUCGAAGGUGCCGUGAAUCAUGCCUACGAAAACAACCAAGAGCUCGACGGCCGCUAAAAGAGCGGCGGAGGCGCUGGACGAGUCCGACGAUGAGCAGAGCGCAGCCCGCAAACCCACGAGCGCCGCCGCCGCGGAGAGCAGCACGCCGCCCCGCCUGCACGAUGCGGCUCCGGGCGAGUCUGCUGAGGAGCUGGAUAACCGCAGUCUGGAGGAGAUCCUGGCCAGCAUCCCUCCUCCGCCGCCUCCCGCCAUGAGCUCCGAACCGGGGGCCCCGCGCCUCAUGAUCACGCACAUCGUCAACAGAAACUUCAAGUCCUACGCUGGAGAGCAGAUUCUGGGGCCCUUCCAUAAGCGCUUUUCCUGUAUCAUCGGUCCAAACGGCAGCGGCAAGUCCAAUGUGAUCGACUCCAUGCUCUUCGUGUUUGGAUACAGAGCUCAGAAGAUUCGCUCGAAGAAGCUGUCGGUGCUGAUCCACAGUUCUGACGCCCAUCCGGACAUCCAGAGCUGCACUGUAGAGGUGCACUUCCAGAAGAUCGUCGACAAGGAAGGAGACGACUACGAAGUCAUUCCCAACAGCUCGUUCUACGUGUCGAGAACCGCUGCCAAAGAUAAUUCCUCCUCCUAUCACAUCAAUGGCAAGAAAGCGACCUUCAAAGAUGUGGGCAUAUUACUGCGCAGCCACGGUAUUGACCUGGACCACAACCGCUUCCUCAUCCUGCAGGGUGAGGUGGAGCAGAUUGCCAUGAUGAAGCCCAAAGGACAGACGGAGCAUGACGAGGGCAUGCUGGAGUACCUGGAGGACAUCAUCGGCUCCUGCCGUCUCAAAGAGCCCAUCAACAUCCUGUGCCGGCGGGUCGAGUUACUGAACGAGCAGCGAGGAGAGAAGCUGAAUCGAGUGAAGCUGGUGGAGAAGGAGAAGAGCGCUCUGGAGGGAGAGAAGAAUAAGGCCGUGGAGUUCCUCACUUUGGAGAACGACAUCUUUAAGAAGAGGAGCCUCCUGUGUCAGUUCUACGUGCAUGAUCUACAGAAGCGUGCGUCAGCCAAAGAAGCCGAGAAACAGCAGAUUCAGGAGGACACAAAGGAACUGAGUGACAAAAGCAGCCAGCUGACAGAGGAAAUGAAGACCAAGAACGAGGAGCUGAAGGGCGUGGAAAAGAAACUAACCAAGCUGACCAAGUUCAUAGAGAGCCAGAAGGAGAAAUUUACCCAGCUGGACCUGCAGGAUGUGGAGGUGCGCGAGAAACUCAAACACACCAAGAGCAAAACCAAGAAACUGCAGAAACAGCUUCAGAAAGACAAGGAGAAGCUGGAGGAGGUGAGGAGCGUUCCUGCCAGCAGUGAGAAGAUCAUCACGGAGGCGUCUGCUCAGAAGGAGGAGCUGGAGAAGAAGAAGCUGGUGGAGGAGCAGAAGUUGGCUCAGGUGAUGGAGAGCCUGAAGGAGGAGACCAGCGGCCUACAGGAAGAUAAAGAGAAAAAAGAGCAGGAGCUUCUGGAGCUGAGCAAGGCGGUGAACGAGACGCGUUCACGGAUGGAUGUGGCGCAGUCAGAGCUGGACAUCUACCUGAGUCAGCACAACACCGCUGUGAACCAGCUCAACCAGGCCAAAAAUGCUCUGCAGGAGGCUGUGGACACGCUGAGGGAGAGGAGAGCCGCCAUCAAAGACCUCAAUGUCAAGAUACCCCAGUGUGAGGAGCAGCUCAAGAAGGACGAGCAGGAGCUGGAGCAGAUCUCUGAGCAGGACCGGCAGAAGCGGGUGCAGGUUGGAGACAUGAGGCAGAAGGUGGCUGAAGCCAAGAGCUCUCUGUCCACCAACCGCAGCCGCAACAAAGUGCUGGACGCACUCAUGCAGCAGAAACGCUCGGGAAAGAUCCCGGGCAUCCUGGGACGGCUGGGCGAUCUGGGAGCUAUUGAUGAGAAAUACGACAUCGCCAUCUCCUCUAGCUGCGGCUCGCUGGAUAAUAUUUUAGUGGACACCAUUGACACGGCGCAGAAAUGCGUCACGUUCCUAAAGACCCAGAACAUCGGUGUGGCCACAUUCAUCGGUCUAGACAAGAUGAAAGUGUGGCAGCAGAGCAUGGGCUCCAUCUCCACUCCGGAGAACAUCCCUCGUCUUUUUGACAUGGUGCGGGUGAAGGACGAGAGCGUGCGGCCGGCGUUCUACUUCGCUCUCAGAGACACGCUGGUGGCUAAAGACCUGGAGCAGGCCACGCGGGUGGCGUUCCAGAAGGACAAGCGCUGGAGGGUCGUCACGCUGCAAGGGCAGAUCAUUGAACAGGCUGGUACCAUGACUGGAGGAGGAGGACGAGUGAUGAAGGGCAGGAUGGGCUCCUCAGUCUGCGCUGAUGUCACUCAGGAGCAGCUGGAUAAAAUGGAGAGGGAUUUGAACAAAGAGGUGACGCAGCUGCAGGACUGGCAGCAGAGGAAGCAACAGCUGGAGGAGAAGGUGCACAAAGCCAGACGUGAGCUGAGAGACAUGAAGAACACGCUGGAGAAAUACACAGCCACCAUUCAGAGCCUGACGGAGCAGGAGCUUCAUCUCAAGACUCAGAUCAAAGAUCUGGAAGCCAACGUCAUCUCCGCUGCUCCUGAUAAAGCCAAACAGAAGCAGAUGGAGAAGAGCCUGGAGGUCUACAAGAAAGACUUUGAGGCAGCGUCCACUAAAGCAGGAAAGGUGGAGGCGGAGGUGAAGAGACUGCACACGCUCAUCGUGGACAUCAACAGCCAUAAACUGAAGGCCCAGCAGGACAAACUGGACCAGAUCAACACACAGCUGGACGAGUGCUCCUCAGCCGUCACCAAAGCUCAAGUGGCCAUUAAGACUGCUGGACGUAAUCUGAAGAAGUCCGAGGACAGCGUGUCUCAGCUGGAGAAGGAGAUCGGUGAGAAUGAGAAGCUGAUGGAGGAGCUGACGGAGCAGCUGAAGAAGCUGGAGGAGCAGGCGGGAGAGAUCAUGCAGACGUACCAGCAGGCUGAGGAAGCUCUGCCGGAGGUUCAGGAGCAGCAUCGUGGAGUCCUGCAGGAGAUCAAGGCCCUACAGGAGCAAGAGCACGCGCUGCAGAAGGAGUCUCUAAAUGUGCGGCUGAAGGUGGAGCACAUUGACACGGCCAUCACAGAGUGCCACAACAAGAUCAAACACUGGGAGAAAGAGGCCAGCAAGUUGUCUCUGCACUCCAUCGAUGGUGCUCCAACAGAAGAGCUGCCUGCACUGAACCCAGAGCAGCUGGAAGACGUCAGCAAUCCAGACGUCAUCAAGAAUGAGAUCGCUCUGCUGGAGGACCGCUGUUCCAACAUGAAGCCCAACCUGGGAGCCAUCGCAGAGUUCAAGAAGAAGGAAGAGCUGUAUCUGCAGAGGGUGGCGGAGCUCGAUGACAUCACUACACAGAGAGACGCCUUCAAGAGAGGCUGCGAGGACCUGCGCAAGCAGAGGCUACACGAGUUCAUGGCUGGAUUCAACAUCAUCACCAACAAACUGAAGGAGAACUACCAGAUGCUCACGUUAGGAGGAGACGCCGAGCUCGAGCUGGUGGACAGUCUGGAUCCCUUCUCUGAGGGCAUCAUGUUCAGUGUGCGUCCUCCUAAGAAGAGCUGGAAGAAGAUCUAUAACCUGUCAGGAGGAGAGAAGACGCUGAGCUCUCUGGCGCUGGUGUUUGCGCUGCAUCACUUCAAGCCCACGCCGCUCUACUUCAUGGACGAGAUCGACGCUGCCCUCGACUUCAAGAACGUCUCCAUCGUGGCCUGUUACAUAUACGAGCAAACCAAGAAUGCUCAGUUCAUCAUCAUUUCCCUGAGGAACAACAUGUUUGAGAUGGCCGACCGUCUCAUCGGCAUCUACAAGACGCACAACACCACCAAGAACGUGGCCAUCAACCCCAAAACCAUCGUCCUGCGUGAGAUCGAGACGGCCUGAGGAGGGGAAAUACUCCAAUCACUCUUUCAUUCUGAUGUUUUGUCUGUUUCCACAUCGCUGUUCAUCACUUCUCUCACUCUGUCUCUAAACAUUUUACAUGUCAAAUUCAUUCUGUGCUCCUUCUGUUUUAUUGUUUUUAAAUAAAAUGACUGUUUUAUACUAUAUAGUAAUUAUAACUUGUGGAAUAUUAUCAUGUUUUAACUGCACCGCAGUUUAUUUUAAAUAAACAUUAAAUUUGG